UUGUUGACAGUUCUGACAUGACAUUCAAAUACGAGUACUGUGUUGUUGAGAUGCGAUUAUAAUCGUUCUUGUAGAAAUAUGAAAAAAAUAGUGGUGUCAAAUAAUAAUUCUUGUGAUAAAUGUUUAAUUAAUAAUCUUGCUUGAGUGUAGGCUUAAAUCCAUUUUCAGCUUUGGACAGAGUGUUAUCUGUUUCUACUUUCUAAUUAGAAAUUUUGUGAUAAAUUCUUCAUUUAUUUGUAUGAUUUUUUUUAAAUAUAUCCUAUGGAACUGUAGAUGCAAAAACUUAAAAUGAGUGAUGAUCCUCCUAUAUUGCCUGUUGGAACAGCAGUUAGUGCAAAAUAUAAAGGGGCCUUCUGUGAGGCCAAAGUAAGCAGAGUGUUUCCUCAAUUAAGAUACAGGGUUUCUUUUAAAGAACCUCAUUCAGGAACUGAAACAUUAAAAGAAGAGCAUAUUAAAGCGACUGGGCCCAUUAGAACUGGUAGAAUUGUGCUGGCAUGGCAUCCAGCUCAGAAAACAUUCUUAGAAGCACAAGUUACUAGAAUACAAGAUCAAAGUCAAUAUACUGUUGUAUUUGAUGAUGGAGAUAUAACAACAUUAAGAAGAAACUAUUUAUGUUUGAAAAGUGGAAGGCAUUUUAAUGAAAGUGAAACAUUAGAUCAAUUACCACUGACACAUCCAGAGCAUUUUAGCAAUCCUGUCAUAGGAGGUAGAAGCAGAAGACGAAAUAGAAAUAGGGGUGACGAUAGUGAAGGAGAACAUGAAGAAGCUGACCCUGAAAUGGAAGGUUAUCAUAGUGAAGUUGGCAGGGUUGUUUGGGGGGAAAAUCUUGAGAAGAAGAGAAAUAAAGACUGGCCACCUGGGCUUAUUAUGUUGCCAAAAAAUACCAAAAUUCUCAACACUAAGGAAGAAUUUUUGAUCAGGUCAUUCAAAGAUGACCGAUUCUAUAAUGUUCCAAAGAAAGAUGUAAUUGCAUUCAAUAAAGAAGUGGGAGAGAAAUUGGAGAAAAAUAAUACUCCUUUUUCCAUAGGAGUUCAAAAAGCCCUUAGAUAUUUGAAUACUGGUGAACUUCCGGCAAAUUGGGAGAAACAUUUUCAUUCAGAUCGUAUGGAAACAGAUGCCGAGAUGAAUUUCUCUGAUACCUCAGAUGAUGAACCUUGUGAGGAGAAAGACAGAUUUGUAGCUCAGCUCUUUAAGUUUCUAGAUGAAGCUGGUACUCCUCUGAAUAAAACCCCAACCAUUGCUGGUGAAGAUGUGGAUUUAUAUCGACUUUUCAGCGUAGUUACUAAAUUAGGUGGUUAUAAUAAAGUCAACAAUCAUAACAAGUGGAAAUUCAUCCUAGGAAAAUUAAAAUAUGGUAACAGUCAAUCGAUCACUAAUCAAGUGAAGGCAGUUUAUAAGAAGUGUUUAUUGAGUUUUGAAACAUUCUACAAGACUUUAGGUGUGACCAUGUUGACUCAUACAAAAUCAAGCAGAAAGAAUAAAGGUCGAUCUCUAAUUAGGGACAAAGACAGGGCAACACCAAUAAAUAGUCCAAAACCUGAGAAGGAAGAUGAAAUAAUACAAGAACGCAAGGAGGAAGAAAUGCCACCUCAAGAAGAUAAAUCGAAGAUACGACCUACCGAAAUCAAGGAUGAUAAGAAAAAAAAAGAGGUCCAAGAUGCAAGUGAAAGCAGUAGUGACAAUGAUCAGAAUGAACCUAGCACAAGCAAAGAUUCGGGCCGACCAAAACGGUUCACAAAAGUUAAAUCUUGGUCCAAAGAGAAGAAAAUUCCGAAAGUUGCAACUGUUGAAAAGAUCAAACCUACAACAGAAAAAGUAGAAGAGCCGAUUAAGAAAGACGAAGAAAAGGACAAGGGCCAACAAACCAGAUCCAAGACUCUUCCAAAAAUUACUACACCUACACCUGAGAAGAAAGUGGAACCAAAAACUCCAACUAAAGAACUAAAAGAAAAAGAAAAUAAAGAUUCAAAAGAUAAGAGUACUGUUGUUAAAGCAGUGAAGAAAGUAGAAGAGGAAAAGGAUAAAACUAAGCGUUUUCGAAAGCGAUCACAAAUGGAUUCAGAAAAUCCUGUUGAUAGUUCAGGAUCUUUCAGCAUAAACAAAGGAGACAAACUGAAAGUUUAUUAUGGCCCUUCUAUUGAAUCUAAGGUAACAUAUGAAGCGAAGGUUUUGGAUAUUGUAAAAGAUGGUCCUGAACCUUUUAUUCGAGUUCAUUAUACAGGAUGGAAUAAUAGAUAUGAUGAAUGGAUUAGGAUGGCAAGAAUAGCAGAAAAUUUGAGUGCUACCACUAAAGCUAAAAAAAUAAAACAUAAUAUCAGUGGUAGUAGUAGUCCUGUAACGAGCAAAAGCCCUUCUAUAAGUGCUUCUAAAAUUAUAAAAAGAAAGAGAGGUCCUUCAGAUAGCAGGAGACCUUCUACUAAUGAAACUCCUAGAUCAACUACACCUUUGAGUUCGACCUCAAAUUCCAGCAGACCUAAAACUCCAGCUACUCCUGCUACUAGAUCUUCAACAAGAAGUAUCAGUAAACAAAAGAGAACCAGAAGAACUUCAGUUCAAACAGACACAUCUGUUCAUACCGAUACAGAAUCACCAGCCACUGAAAGCGAAGUAGAAGAACUAACUAGAACUAGAAGUGGUGGAAAAAGUGAUGAAUCAGAAAUCAAAGUAUAUAAAAAGAAAAUUCAGCGUAUCCCUACUAUGCACAAAAUGAGAGUGAAGCCAAGAGAAGAUGAUGAUGAUACAGAGAAAGAAGAAGAUCAAAUUGUGAAAGAAAGAGUUAUGAAACGAACCAGAAAAGUGAAAAGAACACCUGAUAAGUCCAAUGAUGAGAGUGAUGAAGAAAGUGGUAAUCCUCCUAAAGGUCGAGAUUUUGACCUCAACCAAAUCAGAUCUGAACUGAAAGGGUUCGCUAAAGCUCUACCUUUGAAUUCAGUAGAUAGUGCAGAUAAGGACAGCUCUUCUGAUGACUCGGCAAAACCUAUGGACAUUGAUGUUCAUGUUACUGCGGAAGAAGAAGAGGAGGAAGAAGAAGAAAAGGAAUUAGUAAAAGUUGAAGAGAAAGAUAUUAAACCAUUGGAGAAGUCUUCCAGUUGUGAAGAUAUCUAUGAAUUCAAAGAACCAGAGCCAUUUGAGUUCGAAUCUAGAUCUAGUUUAGGGGAAGAUAAGAGUAAGAAGAGACUGAGUCGAUUUUAUGAUGAUUUGGAUAAAUCACCUUCCAAAGUUGUAACUCCAAAAUUCCCAAAAUUGGACUCAAAUUUGGAGCCUGAUAAGAAAACUCUCAGGUCACCUGUUAAAAUCAUGAAUUUUGAAGAAGAAAAUUCCAUCAGGGAUGUUACACCAAAAAAAGAGACUGCAGAUCUAUUUGAUAAAUUAGUGGAAUCACCCAGCUUCAAUAUGGGCAAAACAGCAGAAAAAUCAGCUGAUUCACCUCCAAAACUGGAAGUUGAAGAAAUGACAGAAUUAUUCAGAGAACCACCUGAAAUAAUAGAUGAUUGUAGUGGGGAUAUGGAAUUGUCUGAUACCGAAUCUCAAACUCAGCCAAUUUUCACCGUUCAAAGUGAGGAAGUUUUCUCUGACGCUUUCACCAAGUCUUCAUCUGAACAGAAUACUUUAGACUUGGAGUUUUCUAAAUCUGAGGAUAGAAAUGUAGAUGAGGACAUACAGGCUUCUAUUCAAAGAGUUAUUGAACAAACAUCUACUGACGAUGACACACAAGACGCUUUGUUACAGGUUGGUUUACCAGUUACAAGUUAUCAAGUUAUAAAACAAGAGCAGGUGAUUUCUCCACUGGUAUUAUCAGAAGUUGUGACUGUUUGUGAAAAAUCAAUUAUUGUUGAGAAGUCAAAUGAUGUUGAGGAAAAGUCAGCAUUUAGCAUGUUGAAGCAAUUACCACCAGUUGUGCAUCAUGUUGAUAAAGAGAAUCCUAUUAUUUUGGAAGCAGGAGAUAGCCAAACAGCCGAUAUUUGUCACAAUUCUAUGCAGGAUGAAGAUGAAUUUGAAUCGAAAUCAGUUGAUAAGUCCACACUAUCAAAUAUUGAAGAUUUCAAAGAAGUAGAAAUGGUAAUAAUUGAAGACAAAACAAAAGAAGAAAUUAAAAUUGAGGAAAUCAAUGAUGAGGAAGUGGUAUUGAAAGAAGUUCAUGAAGAAAUUAGUGAGAGCUGUAGUAUCGAACCAGAUGAGAUGGUGAUAAUCGAAAAUGAACAGGAAACUAUAGAAUUAAAAGUCGAUGUUGAAGAAACAGAAACUGUAAAUGUGGUCCAAAAUCCAAUUUUGACUCCACCCAGAGAAGAAUUAUCAUCAGAACCAAAGAAACGGAGGAAAGUCAUCAGUCGCCCAUUUAUUGAAUCCGAUAGUGAUUCUACUGAUUCCGAUAACCUCAUAAUAGCUAGAUCUGAUGAUGAAUCUCAAUCAAACUCCACUUUAGAUAAGGAAAUGAAGGAGAAUUGGGACAGCAAUAUGUCCGUUACUGAAAUGCCUACCAAUAUGACAGAUGAGUCACAGAUAGAAGAGGAAAGAAAUUUCAAAUUUGAAGAAUUUCCUCAAAAAGAAGAAAAACAAGAAAAGCAGAAUGAUGAAACGGAAACCAAAAUCGCUUCUGAUCCAAUUAACAUAGAAGAUGAGGAUAAGGCAGAUGAACAAGAUUCACACCUACACUCUAUGUUAUUAUGUGAAGAGACAAUUCCUAGGAGUCCUGCUCCUCCGGCUGAGACAAGUGUUGAGGAGCCAGUUCGGCGUAGUAAGUCUGCUUUAGAAAUGCCAUUUGCCAGUGUGCCAGGAAGCAGUAAUAACAAGAGCAUGCUCCUUAAUCCAAAUCCUGUCAAAUUACUUCAACAACCAUCUUUGAUAAUGCAAAGUGAAACAGAAAAUGCCAGAAAUAGUUCGCCAACAUUGAUCAACUCUCCACUUAGUUCACCGGAAAGUACUCUCAGCAAUUUGUCCCCUAGAGGAAAUAAUGGUGGAUUAUCUCCUUAUUCUCAUAAUAAUGACAAUACAAACAGCAGAAAUGAUUAUCAAGAGAAGAGAACAAAUUCGAACAAAGUUUCAUCCUACAGCGAUGAAGAUAGUCAAUUGGUAUGCGAAUCGUCAUCACAGAAGACAAAUAGCAAGGAUGAUAGACCAUCUACCUCUACAGGAAGAAAAAAUAAAAGGGCUUUUCAAUCAAACACUCAACCAAUUUCGGUCAAACGAAACAGAAGAACAACAAAUAGGUCAGGACAUAACAGUGAGAGCGAAGAAGAUACCUCAGACCAUUCUCCUGCAAGUAGAGUGAUAUAUAAAACGGAAAAGCGGUCAGAAAGACCCUUAAAAUAUGAUUUCCGAGCAAAUCUAGAUGGUGUUGUUGAUAGAAAUGAAAGGAUCAAUAUCAUAUUACAAAAAAUGUCAGCUUUAAGAAAAACAUAUUUAGAUGUCAAGGCAGAAUUAGCUGAUUUAGAUAGAAGGAGAAAGAAAUUUAAGCGAAGGCAACGAGAAGGUAGGGACAGAAAACGGAAAGAAAGAAGAGAUAAGCAUGACUCUCCUCCUCUCUGAUCCCUUCAAGCUUUUAUCACUUGCUUUCAAGACCAUGAGACAAACAGUAUCUUGUAUAUGAAAUGGAAUAUACACGAAUAAUGAAAUAGAAGAACCAUGAGGCGUCAAAUUUUUUUAUAGUUAAUUUUGCGAUUUUAAGAUGUUCAUAUAUAUACUGAAUUCUGAAAUGUCUGUCAAGUUUCCUUCUUUCCAGAAGGUUUAAAUUGUUAUAUUUUACUCUGAAGAAGUCACUGCUGUAAAUAAGAACUGUUUAUUUAGAUUUUUGUAUAUAAAAUGGACUUAAAGUAUUUGUUAUUGAUAAUUUAGUUAUUUAUUCAAAUUUUUGCAAUAUUUUAUUCUGAAUUGUCUAAAUGUCUUAUUAUAUUUAGAUGACAGUAAUUUUUUAGAAAUUUUAUAGUGAAUGAUUUUUGUGAUCAUUGUUUACUAUUAAAAUGGAAUGGAGUAACAUGUACAAGUUUAAUCUUCCCAAAUAUAAUUUUCAUUAUGUCA